AGACGGGGGAGCAAGCUGAACAGAAACGAAAAGAGACUGUGCAAAACAGGCCCCCACCCCUCCUCUUCGGGAAAUGGGUCUCAGUCUGAUGAGUAAGGCAAGAAGCCUGUAACGCUGUUGCUUCUGAAGCAACACAGCUAUGGAGGAAAGGUUUGUGCUUUCUGCAUCCUUGCGUUGUGGCUGCAGUUACACCAUCCAAUCGCAUGGAGGCACUGCAAGGUUCUCCUGAUAGCAGCAGUGAGGAAUGUACUGUACUGGAGGCCCCACCUGGCAAGGGAACAGUACUAAUUUGCUUUCAACACAAAGGAAAAGUGCCUGUGUUAUACUGUUUGGCAUGUGAGAAUGCUGUGUGCGAGGACUGUAUGAAUGGGGAGCAUGCUGAACAUCCCACUAAUUCACUGGAAAAUAUCGUAGACCAACAACGUACAGCACUCCAGGACAGAGUGGACACAGCUAAGAUCAGGCUGCCUCAGAUAGGAGUAGCAGUUCAGUGCCUGAGAGACAUUCUGCUGCAGUUGAACACUCAACGGAGCUCUAUAGAGGAAGACAUACAUUCUUCCUUCAGCGAACUGCACAAAACCCUUGAUACACGUAAGAGUGUCCUGCUCAUGGAGCUGGAAGUAACGUAUGGGAUGAAGCAGAAGGUUCUGCAGGCUCAGAUGGACACUCUUCUGCAAGAGGAAGCUGCCAUCAAUCACAACUGCAGUCUGACCAAAGAAGCCUUGGAUGGUGGAAGCAAAGCUGUUGUUCUGCAGACCCAUAAAGAUGUAGGGGAGAGACUCAGUGACCUUGCCAGCCAGGGCCUCCCCCUUCAACCAGAGGAGAACGACCAGCUGGAUCUCAUGAUGGAGAUCGAUGGACUUCGUAAGUCCAUCCACAACCUAGGAACCAUAGUCACCACCAAUGCCGUGGCCAGUCAGACCGAGGCAUCCGGGGAAGGUUUGGAGCAGUGCAUUGUGGGCCAACCAGCUUCUGUCCUCAUAACCACAAGGGAUAAGGCUGGAGGGUUAUGCAAAACGGGUAACGCUAUCAUCUCAGCAGAAGUCUUCACACCAGAUGGCAGCAUUGCAGAUGGUGAAAUUGUGGACCUUAAGAAUGGAAUGUAUGAAUUCCAAUACACUGUGAAUAAGGAGGGUGAUUUUAGGCUGGCAUUGAGACUUUAUGAUCAGCAUAUCAAAGGAAGCCCCUUCAAAUUAAAAGUCACCAACUCUCCUGAUGACUCGCCAACCACCACCACAGCAGCUAAUGCGGCCUCCACAGGUUCCAGCGAUGGCGGGGCACGGAAACGGAGCGCUAAGUCUCCAGGGAGUAGAAGCCGACAGAAGGGUGUGAGGCGAGGAGGAAGUUUGUUCAGUACCCCAAAGAAGAGAGUGAACCCAAUUGAGGAUGAUCUCAUUUUUAAAAUAGGAACAAAAGGGAGGAAUAAAGGAGAGUUCACAAACCUCCAAGGAGCAGCAGCUUCUUCAACAGGAACAAUCCUGAUUGCAGAUAGUAACAAUCAGUGUGUGCAGAUUUUUUCAAAUACAGGAGAGUUUCAAAGCCGGUUUGGAGUGCGUGGCCGGUUACCAGGGCAAAUGCAGAGGCCCACUGGAGUGGCUGUGCAUCCGAAUGGUGAUAUCAUCAUCGCUGACUAUGACAAUAAGUGGGUUAGCAUCUUCUCUAGCGAGGGCAAAUACAAGGCUAAGCUCGGUUCAGGCAGGCUAAUGGGCCCAAAAGGUGUAUCUGUGGACCAGAAUGGUCAUGUUAUCGUUGUGGACAACAAGGCCUGCACGGUUUACAUUUUCCAGCCCAGCGGUAAACUCGUCACAAAGUUUGGCAGCAGGGGAAAUGGUGACAGACAGUUUGCAGGCCCUCAUUUUGCAGCAGUCAACAACAACAAUGAAAUAAUAAUCACAGACUUUCAUAAUCACUCUGUUAAGGUGUUCAAUGCAGAUGGUGAAUUCUUGCUUAAAUUUGGCUCAAAUGGUGAAGGCAAUGGCCAGUUUAAUGCUCCUACAGGAGUCGCUGUGGAUGUCAACGGGAACAUUAUUGUGGCAGACUGGGGAAACAGCAGGAUACAGGUGUUUGACGGUAGUGGAUCAUUUCUCUCUUACAUCAACACAGCUGCCGACCCUCUUUACGGGCCCCAGGGCCUGGCUCUGACCUGUGACGGCCAUGUUGUAGUGGCUGAUUCUGGAAACCACUGCUUCAAAGUGUAUCGAUACCUGCAAUGACUUAUGAGUGACUGUUUCAAAGUGAAAAGUCUGUUUGUUGGACAUUGAUGUCAUACUGUGUGUCCAGCUCUUGCACUUCGUUUGAUGUAAUGUUAUUUCACCUACAGUUACAAUGGACCGUAUUCUCCAUCCUUGAUUUCUUUUAUAUUUGUUACUACUGUUGGAUGACUUUCUGAGAAGACUAAAGCUUGUGAACAUGCACUGUAAAUAUGAUGUUAAUGGAAUGCCUUUGCCAAAACUCCACACACUGCACUGUGGACAUUUUGCAGAACUGAGACAACUGAAUGCAUCAGUGAGAAUACUACCUACCUAAGCUAAAGAUUCUGCUUGUAUGUGCUGCAUGUGUGGACUAUGCAGGUGUCUUCCUAUUGGACAGAGCUGACUUAUCAAACACUGUCCAAUUCCUGUGUUUUGUAAAACAGAAUUUCUUAAAGGGAUAGUUCACCCAAAAAUGAAAAUUGUCUUAUCAUUUACUCACCCUCAUGCCAUUCCAGAUGACUUUCUUUCUUCAAUAGAACACAAAGAUUUUUAGAAGAAUAUAUCAG